CUCCCUCCGCCGUUCCACUUCACCACAAUAACAACCUAUAUUCUUUACAGCCCUAACAGUGCAAUUAAUGAAUUCUUUAACUCGAACACUACUAUCACUAGAAAACAAUAUAAUGAAUUUGCUAUUUCUCGCGCUAGUAGUGUGUCUACUACUUUACAAAUACAAGGAUUCCGAGAUAAGAACUCUGUCAUUAACAUAGGUAACAUUUCUCUCGCUAAAACAGUCUAUCCCGACUUUGUGGCUAGCUACAAGUAUCUUGGUACUAUAGGCAACUCACGGCUACGCAACACUAUCAAGGACUUUACAAGGUUCUUUGCGCAGUCGUGGAACAACGACCUACGGCCAUGCUUAGAUACAACUGCGGAUAUACUUAUAGAGUUUCAAUCAAAUUUUGAUCUUCUUGCUCGAAACCUGCCAUCUCGCUUUGCACCGAACUUAGAUAUAGUCCGCAAGGAGCUCCCGUCUCUCUUUUCCAAAGCCCUUCCUUGCGUUCUUAGCCACGGUGACCUUAAUAUAAUAAAUCUCCUCGUCAAUCCCAAAACUGGAAAUAUCACAGGAAUUAUCGACUAG